UGAUGGCUUUCUCCAUGUCGCUCUCCUCGGACAUGCUCCGCGGGGCCCCCACAGGCAGGAGCGGCAGAGGAUGCGCAGCUGCCUGGUCUCCCCGUGGCCGAGGGAGCAAAAGGCUCGGACCUGGGGCGCCUGGCUCUCGAGGAGGCAGGCAGCAGCCUCCCCUGGGGACCAGCGGGGAUGAGGGCCCCGGCGCCGGCCCAGCUUCGGUGGGCGGCUCUAGGCAGGCGGCAGCAGCGGCAGCGGCGGUCUCUGAGGACAGGCCUUUGUGUUGCGCCCCGCACUGCCGCCUCUCAGCCUCAUCCCCUGCCGGGGAGGAAGGCUCCCGGGGCAGGGCGAGGCGGGGAGGGCCCCGGCUAGGGGCGCUGUGGAGUGGUUUCGCAGGGCGGCCGCUUAGGCCCGGGCUCGCCAGGUCCUAAGGAGAAGCCUGCGCCUCCGCCUCCGCCGCCGACACCGCCGCGAAGCAGAAGCCGAGCCUGCCGCCGCUCCCGCCGCCGCUUCAGCGCCACACAUCGCCGGGACACCAGCGCCGGGCAGCCCCGCCGGCCGCCCGCCUGCCCGCGCUUUACCAGGCCACAGCUCCGAGCCGCCCCUACCACUGCCCGGCUCCGUGACCCCACAGCGCCACGCGCCCCUCGCGGCCUUCCGCAGGGGUUUCUGAGCCGCCCCGGAGCUGCGCAUCCUACUUGCAGGCGCCUGCCUGG